CAGGUGGUAAAUGUUUACAUGCAGUGUGGCGAUGGGUAGGAAGGUACCUCUGUGAAAGCGCUGGGAAAAAGCGGCACUACCGUGCAGCGACACCUUAUUCUCUUUCCAAAUCGAGAGACUCCUGGUAAAACGUUUUAAUGCCUAAAAUGUUUCUACAGCCGUGAGCUAUUCUUCUCAGCCGUGGCAAGACUUCCUCCGUUUGUUUCCUCCUCUUCUUUCGUUUUUUUUUUUUAUUUCCGAUUUAACAUACAGGGGAAUAAUAUGAAGGAGUAGACACCUACUCAGACCUUUUCGUGCUGCUAAAAUGGGAGGGGCUGUAAGUGCUGGGGAGGACAAUGAUGAGCUGAUUGACAACCUGAAGGAAGCACAUUACAUUCGCUCAGACCUGGUGGAGCAGGCCUUCCGGGCCCUUGACCGCGCUGAUUAUUAUUUGGAGGAGUUCCGUGAUAACGCCUAUAAAGACCUCGCCUGGAGGCAUGGGAACAUCCACCUGUCUGCUCCCUGCAUCUACUCUGAGGUGAUGGAGGCCCUGGAUUUGCAGCCAGGGCUGUCCUUCCUGAACCUCGGUAGUGGCACAGGCUACCUCAGCACCAUGGUGGGCCUCAUUCUCGGUCCUUUUGGUGUCAACCAUGGGGUUGAGCUUCAUGCAGAUGUCAUAGAUUAUGCUUACAAGAAACUGGAUUUCUUCAUCAAGACCAGCGACAGUUUUGACAAAUUUGAGUUUUGCGAGCCCUCUUUUGUGGUUGGGAACUGCCUAGAGAUCAUCCCAAAUUGCAGACAGUAUGACAGGGUCUACUGUGGAGCAGGCGUGCAAAGGGAGCAUGAGAACUUUAUGAAGAACCUUCUGAAGGUUGGGGGAAUCCUGGUUUUGCCACUGGAGGAGAAGCUGACAAAGAUCACGCGCACGAGUCACAAUACCUGGGAAACAAAGAAGAUCAUUGCAGUUUCUUUUGCCCCUCUUGUGCUGCCAAAGAAUGGGGACAGGAGCCAAUCCACAGGGGUUCCUCUACCAGCGAUGUUCGAAGUGCGGACGCUGCAAGACUUUGCACGCAUCUCCAUACGUCACACCUUGAAGGUGAUUCUGGGGGCCAGUCAUGAGCGGGAGGCCGCUGGGUGUCAGCCGCCACUGGUGGGGGUGCCCAAGAGCGGGCCUUGUUUCAAGCGAAGGCGCAUUCACCGGCGACGCAUCAACUCUGUGCUCUUGGCCAGCAAGCACACCUUAGAGCACCGCAUGAUUCCGGAAUCCUUUGACGAUGACAGCAGUGACGGUGUGGAGGAGGAGGGUCAGCUGGGACGGCUUGGGGUGGGGUACCAGGCCAAUGAUGAAGAAGAGGAGAGGGGAAACAGAGAUUCUGCACAAGAACCUGCAGUUAACUUGCUAAGGGAGAGAAUCCUCUCCCUGCCAUUGCCCGAACCACUCAAAAUGUACUUAUUGUACUACCGGCAGAAGUAAACAAGCGGCAUCUUAGUAAACACUUCUUGAGCUACAGCUGAAAACAAGAUUUCUGGGGAGCCUUUAACUUGGUUAAAUAAAGACUCACUUUCUCCUUUCUUGUAUUAAAAUACCAGAAAUAUUUCUGGGUGGGAGUAAGGGUGCUCAGUAUUUUCUACUUCAGGUAAAAUUUUUGGACUUUGAGAAGCAAAACCUGAUUUGUGUUGCCGAAGCAGUGACCUUUAGGAGAAAAGCUGAGGUCGUUUUUAGUGGAUUUAAUGUUUCUGGAAGAAAAAGGUUCUUUCUAAGAUUCAUUAGCAGUGUGGGGUCUCCACACCUAUAAAUGACACUUAAGAACCAUUGAAAAGAAAUUGUAAAUAAAAAUAAAUUUGUAGCAGACGGGUCCUGUUCUCGUAAUUUCCUGUCAUCUGUUGAUGUGGGACUGGUACUUGGAAUAAUAAUUCUGACAGUAUUGGGUUUCUAUACAUUCCUCCAGAGUUUGCAUCAGUGUCCAGUGUGAGGUGGGUGCAGUGGUUUUUUUUUUUUUGCAGUAGUUUGAUUAUGACCAUGCAGCUUAAAUUCCAGAUAGACACAUGAUAGCUUGUACUUUGCUUUCUUCUGUUGACGUCCUGAGCUCUCGUGCAAGUGCAGCACUUAAGCUGCAGUGUGUUUGUCUGUAAAACAGGAACGAUUUUCCCACACGUUUGCCCGUGUCAUUUCUCACAGUUUCUAUUUUUAUGCAACUUAUAAAGAGCUUGCUAAUAAAAUAUUGUUUGAGAUGUUUCAAUAAACAUGUUUUGUACCUCUUCA